GUGGAGCUGCUUUGCUGGUUUAACGUUUUCUUUCUUGUACGCGGACACUUCCCAAAAGGAUCUACAAUUUUGCUCUCUUUUUCCUUUUUCCCAAGCCACCAAAAGGUCAAAUACAGUCCCCAACAGUAAAAGGAUUCUUAAGAAUUCAACCUUAGGGCUUCAUUCAACUCGCUCGCUAUGUCCCUCUCUCCGGAGCCACUGAUAGAUCUCAGUGACACUACCUCAAUAGGAAGCAGUAGUAGCGGUAGUAGUGGUGGGGGCAGGAGGAGACCGCCUCCUCCUCCUAAACCUAGUCUCAUUCGUUCAAAGACCAUUGGUGAAGUUAGCAGACCCGCUCCUACUAACAAUACAGUAGGAGCUGGAGUAAUAAAGAAACCACUCCCUCCUUUGCCACCUCCAAAGAACAAGCCGUUACCAGCUGUACCUAUACCUACGGAGUCGUCUCCAACCACAAAUAGGCCACUCCCUCCUCCACCGGCUAAACAGAAGCUUACUCGUACUGUAUCGACUCCGCCCAGUACCCGUCGUCCUAUUGUUAACAAGGACGAGGUCUCCUCUCCUCCGUCUCGCUCCCCUCCACCCCCUCCCCCCAGGAAACCCACCGCCUCUUAUCAUGGAGACUCCGCCCAGUCAAUAGGACAGACCACGCCUCCAACCAGUAAAAGGCAGCUGAAUGAGAAACUAUCGGAAUCAUUACCGCCCGCGCAACCAAACGAGACUGAGGCAGACUCACCAGUGGACAAUGGAAAACUAGUAGAUAUCGACUCUCCUCCUCUCUCCCCUCCUCUCUCCCCUCCUGUUCCUGAGAGGGACCGUAGACCUGUUUCCUUAACCAGUCAGUCCAGUUUCAGACGCACUCAACCAGUCUGUCUCCCUAACCCAGUGUCCCGUGAGCUCGUCUAUGAAGAGAAGGACCACCCAAGGAAUUCCUUUAAAAGACUCGCUCAACUCCGCAAGAAAGGAGAGCUCUGUGACUGUGUCCUAUCAGUAGGAGAUACAGAGAUAAAGGCUCACCGGAUUGUCCUGGCGUCGUGCAGCGGGUACUUUGAGUCAAUGUUCAUCGGAGAGUUCUCAGAGCCGGAGGGAGUACCUGUUGUCAUUGAAGAAGUGGACGAGCAUGCACUGGCUACUCUCAUUGACUUUGCCUACACUUCAUGCAUCACACUCACUCAAGGCAAUGUCUAUCAUUUAUUUGAGGCUGCCGAUACUUUAGAGUUUCAAGGAGUCAAGAACGCCUGCUUUCGUUUCUUCCGUAGCCAAAUGAACAAGACCAACUGUAUCCGCACGUGGCUUUUCGCCGAAAGUCACAAUUGUACCGAACUCCUUGAUGCUUCACUCAAAUACAUUGAAGUGAAUUUCCUGAAUAUCGUGAGAGGGAGGGAAUUCAUGGAAGUGGAGACCGAGACUGUUUGUAGGAUCCUCUCGUUGGAGAAUAUCGCCAUCACUUGCGAAGAGCAGGUCUACGAGGCUGUCAUUGGCUGGUUGAACUACGACAUUGAGAACAGAAGAGCCAGCGCCUAUCAGGUACUACAGACAGUUCGUCUCCCAAGUAUCAACCGUGAGUACUUGAUGCACAUAAAUGAUAAUGAGGCGAUCAUACAUGAUGAUGCAGACUGUCUCCAGUUGAUCAUUAACGCUAUACAGAGUCACAUGACCAAUGUAAGGGGGACUCUCAUGAAGAAAAUGAAUAAAGAGAAUACAAAAGUUCUUCCAAGAGCAGCUGCUAUGGCUGUAGAGGAAGUUGAGUUGCACAAGUCUAAUUGCUCACUUGGUAUUGCAGUAAUGGGAGGCUCUGACAGACCACAGCACAUCUUCAGACAAGGAGACAAGCCUGGCAUCUUUAUACGCGAUGUAUUACCUGGAGGUGCAGCUGCUAAAAGUGGCCAGAUAAGAAUUGGAGACAGAAUAUUAUCAGUCAAUGGGGUUGAUGUUAGUAACAGCACUCAUGAAGGAGCCAUUAAGCUUCUGGUGACAUCAGGGGAUCCUUUGAAAGUGUUAAUACGUCACGAGCCACCGCCUGAUGGACUAAAGGAAUUGACUCUUGUCACUAAACCUGGGGAAGGUUUUGGGUUUUCUAUAGCGGGUGGAGUCAAUGGAGACCCAGCAAACCCGUUUGACGAGACUGACGAGGGUAUAUUUGUGUCUGAAGUGGUUCCAGGGGGAGCAGCUGCAAGGGAUGGUCGAUUGGCUGUUGGUAUUAGGAUACUACAGAUUAACUCAGUUAGUUUGAUUGGUAAGACUCAUCAAGAGUGUCUAAAGGUCCUUCAAGGUAUUCUGGACCGUAUGACCCUCCUUGUCUGCAAUGGAUACGAUCCCUCAAGCCUUAUAUCAUUUUCAAAUAGUGACUAGUAUAAUAAAUUAUAAUGAUAGCUCCUUGUUAUUUGUCAUUAUGUCUAACUAUAUCACUAUAAUUAUUAUUUAUUGAAAUU